CGCUUAGGGUGGUAGCGGCGUGGAGAGAGCGGUGUCUCCGCUGCCGGGCAGGGACGUGCUCUGGCGGCCGGGCGGUUCCGCGCUUGACGGAAGCAAAAAACGGGAAAGGAAGGGAGCGGCAACGGGAGCCGGUAUCGGCGGCCACCAUUAGCGGCGGGAGGAAGAGCAGCAGCCGAGGGGGUCUGCAGGCGGAGCCGAGCCCGGGUGGUGCCGCCGCCGGCAGCGAGCGGGAGCGUGCCUGCCGCCUCGCGCCUCUGUAUUGUGGGGAGUCGCCGCUGCCCGCCAGCCCGCCGGGGGGCUCCCCCGGAGCCGGGGCGAGAUGGAGCAAUUAUCAGAUGAAGAACUUGACCAUGGAGCAGAAGAAGAUAGUGAUAAGGAAGAUCAGGAUCUGGACAAGAUGUUUGGGGCCUGGCUGGGGGAACUGGACAAACUUACACAGAGUUUAGAUACAGACAAGCCUGUGGCACCAGUGAAGAGAUCACCUCUCCGUCAGGAAACCAAUCUUGCCAACUUCUCAUAUCGCUUCUCCAUGUACAAUUUGAAUGAAGCCCUGAAUCAGGGGGAGACUGUGGAUCUAGAUGCCCUCAUGGCUGAUCUCUGUUCCAUAGAGCAGGAGCUCAGCAGCAUUGGGUCUCAUUCAGCAAACAAUGCUGCAGUGAAACGCCUUGCCACAGAAUCCAAAGCUCAGAAACCACCUGCUAGCAGACCACCUACUAAGCACAGCAGCAUGAAAGGAUUAUCUCCCUCUUCUGGUAAGAUGACUAAACCAUCACAUGCCAACAUAUCUUUGGAUGACAUCACUGCACAGUUAGAGAAGGCCUCGUUGAGCAUGGAUGAGGCAGCCCAACAGUCUGUUGCAGAAGACACCAAACCAGUAGUUACUGCUCAGCACAGGAGGACAGCAUCUGCUGGCACAGUGAGUGAUGCUGAGGUGCGCUCAAUCAGUAACUCCUCCCGUUCCAGCAUAACCUCUGCAGCUUCCAGCAUGGACUCCUUGGAUAUCGAUAAGGUGACGAGACCUCAGGAACUGGACUUAACAUCACAAGGGCAACCAAUCACUGAGCACUCCUAUUUGGACAGGGAAACCUCCCUUCUUCUGAGAAACAUUGCAGGAAAGCCUUCUCAUUUGCUGACCAAGGAGGAGCAGGCUGCUAAACUCAAGGCUGAGAAGAUUAGGGUUGCAUUAGAGAAGAUUAAAGAGGCACAAGUGAAGAAGUUGGUGAUCAGAGUCCAUAUGUCUGAUGACAGCUCAAAAACAAUGAUGGUGGAUGAGAGACAGACAGUGAGACAAGUAUUAGACAAUCUGAUGGACAAAUCGCAUUGUGGAUACAGUUUGGACUGGUCAUUGGUGGAAACCAUCUCUGAAUUGCAAAUGGAGAGGAUCUUUGAAGAUCAUGAAAAUUUAGUUGAAAAUCUUCUGAACUGGACAAGAGACAGUCAGAACAAACUAAUGUUUGUGGAGCGCAUAGAGAAGUACGCGCUGUUCAAGAAUCCCCAGAACUAUCUUCUAGGGAAGAAAGAAACCUCUGAAAUGGCAGACAGAAAUAAAGAGGUGCUUCUGGAGGAAUGUUUCUGUGGAAGUUCUGUAACUGUGCCAGAGAUUGAGGGGGUUUUGUGGCUGAAAGAGGAUGGUAAGAAGUCUUGGAAGAAACGUUACUUUCUUCUUCGAGCUUCUGGAAUCUACUAUGUCCCUAAAGGGAAGGCAAAGGUCUCGCGGGAUCUCGUGUGUUUCCUACAGCUAGAUCAUGUCAGUGUUUACUAUGGGCAGGACUAUCGGAACAAAUACAAGGCCCCCACAGACUACUGCUUAGUGCUGAAGCAUCCUCAGAUCCAGAAGAAAUCCCAGUAUAUCAAGUAUCUUUGCUGUGAUGAUGUAAGAACUCUACACCAAUGGAUCAAUGGCAUUCGCAUUGCUAAGUAUGGGAAGCAACUGUACAUGAACUAUCAGGAAGCACUGAAGAGAACAGAAUCAGCAUAUGACUGGACUUCCUUGUCUAGCUCCAGUAUCAAGUCAGGAUCCAGCUCAUCUAGUUUGCCAGAAUCUCAAUCAAAUCAUUCUAAUCAGUCUGACAGUGGAGUUUCUGACACCCAGCCAGCUGGACACGUCCGUUCCCAAAGUAUUGUCAGCUCCAUGUUCUCCGAGGCCUGGAAACGAGGCACUCAACUGGAGGAAUCCAGCAAGCAGGCCCGAACGGAGCCUGCAGGUCGGCCCUUCAUGUCUGUAGCACCUCCCAUAUCCCCACAGACAAAAGUGGCAACCCCCUACACAGCAUCGCAGCCGUCCCCCCCGCUUCCCCCCCCGCCGCCCCCUCCCCCACCACCCCCACCGCCCCCUCCCCCACCUCCACCCCCCCUCCCAAGCCAGGCCGCCCCAUCUGCAGGCUCACCUGCCACCAUGUUCGUCAAGUACAGCACCAUCACGCGGCUGCAGAACGCUGCCCAGCACGGCAGCCCUUUUUCCAAAGCUCCUGCUGUACAGCAGGCCCCUGCACCCCCCCCGCCCUUGGGAAAGCCUCAGAUACUGGUGCCCCCCAACGGGGUCAUGCCCCCUCCCCCACCUCCCCCACCUCCCCCCACACCAGGCUCAGCCAUGGCGCAACUGAAGCCAGCACCUUGUGCGCCUUCUGUGCCACAGUUCACACCUCCACCACCCCCCCCCAAAAUCCAUCAGGUUCAACCAAAUGUAAGCCAGACCACUGCCACCUCAUUGCCACCACCCCCACCUCCGGUGCCUGCACCACCACCGCCCCAGGCACCUCCAAAGCCUGUCAUGGCAGCUCUUCCCUCACAGCCUAGUGGGAAGGCAGCAUCACCAGGGGUCACACAUGUCACGCCCCCUGUGCCAGCUCCCUUGCCUCUUGCAAUAAAGAAACAACCAAGUGUCACCUCUCCCCAGGUGUCUCCACUGCCCCCAGCCCCUCCUGGCCCCACUCCCCCACCAACGUUCCCAAAACAGCAGAGUUUCUCUGUGAAGCCACCUCCAUCACCUCAAUCUCCAGUGCCAUCAGUGGUGAAACAGAUAGUUAACCAGUUCCCACCACCUCCCACUCCACCUGCCACUGAGCCCCAGCCUCUGAAACCCCUUCCACUGAGUGUGGCACCCCAGUCACCUCCAGCAGUAAAAGCAAAGCCCAAAUGGCAGCCCACAUCUGCUCCUUCACCAGAUUUCCCACCUCCUCCACCAGAGAGCAGCUUAGUGUUUCCUCCUCCACCUCCUUCUCCAGCUUCCUCUGCAGGUUCUCCCCCAGCUGACAAAUCAGGGUCUCCAGUCAAAAAGACCGGCAAGACAUCGAGCCCCGGAGGGAAGAAACCACCUCCAACACCUCAGCGAAACUCCAGCAUCAAGUCCACCAGCUCCACUGAGUACCAUGAGUCCAAGCAACCUUCAGUGGACCGCCUUGUCAGCAAAUUUGCACACCCACCAGAGCCAUCAGGGUCUCCUUCCAAGGAGUCAUCACCUCCUCCAGCUCCUCCAAAGCCAGGAAAGCUCAACCUUUCUGGGGUGAGCCUGCCUAUUGUCCUUCCACAAGGAGGGAUUCCAGCGAAGGCUCCUGCUCCAGGUGUGUCUGGGAAGGAACCUGUGGUUGAAUUCCCUUCACCACCAUCUGAUUCAGACUUUCCACCACCACCACCUGACAUAGAUCUUCCUCCCCCGCCGGUUGAGAUCCCGUCUGUGUUUUCAGGCAGUACCUCCCCAAAAGUUGCUGUUGUCAAUCCCCAGCCUCAAGUGUGGUCAAAACCAUCUGUGAAAAAAGCCCCACCGCCCACACGUCCCAAGCGUAACGACAGCACUCGACUGACACAGGUGGAGGUCGCAGAGCCAGCAGGGUCAGCUGGCCCUCAAGUGCCCACUUCACCCAAGUCCAGCCUUAGCGUUCAGCCGGGAUUCCUGGCAGACCUCAACCGGACGCUGCAACGGAAAUCCAUCACCCGGCAUGGCUCCCUCUCCUCCGCACGGAUGUCCAGAACAGAGCCCACAGCCACCAUGGACGACAUGGCCCUGCCUCCACCUCCACCAGAGCUGCUGGCUGACCAGCAGAAGACAAGCAGCUUUGGGGGCAGUCAUAUAUCUGGCUAUGCAACAUUACGGAGGGGGCCGCCCCCCACGCCUCCCAAGAGGGACCAAAACACUAAGCUGUCACGAGACUGGUAGUCGGUCCCUAGGGACUGGUGCUCUCUGUAACGUGUGAGCUGCUCCAGGAUGGGCCAACCUGUGAUCUUGUGCACUUGGAGAGAAGGUGGGGCAUGUGGGUGAUAGCCCCAUCAAAAGGAGUGAUCGCAAAUCAUAGCUAAGGCUAAAUAUAAAGACAUUCCCCUUUCAUGGCUAGGCCAAACAUAUUGGGGGCCUUGAAGGUGUUGAUAUUUUAUUGGGAAAGGUGGGUAGAGAGGCGUUAUCUGUUCAGUUUCUUUUACCCUUCACAUGGAUUGGACCAAACCCCCAUUUUCUUACAUUUUCUGCAUUUAGGGGAGGGGGGGAGAUAAUUUUUUGUAGUGUCUGUCCACGUGAGCCAUGUUUGUGCAUGUAGUACAAGUGUAGGUAUAUAAUAUAUUGUGAUAUAUUUUGUCGCAAUUAAGAGAUAACCAGAAUGUUUUUGUAGAGCUGUAUUUAUUGUUUCAGUUGCUGUAUUAUCUGGAAUUGGACUCUGUAACUAGUCAAAUCUUAACACAAAGAUGAAGAUGUAGGGGGCACUUUAAAGAAAGGAAGAAGAAAAACCAAACCAAACCAAACCACUCCCACAAACCUCUUGGCAGUUUGUAGUGGGUAACUGGUGCAGAGCUGAGAUGUUCUGCUAGUAACUGUGCAUUGUUCCAUUGGUUGAAAGGGUGGAAUGCAAGAUACCAAAACAUUCUGGUCAUAAUACUACUGAAGAUGACUAUGGUCUGAGGAAGAAAAUAGAUUUUAUAUAUAGUGGGCUGAAGUGAAAUAUAUUUAUACUAUAAAGAGCCUCCCCCUCCCUUCCAAAUAGUUUUAAAAUAUGCAUUGCUACAAAUUAUUUCAGAGUUAUUUGUACAUGCAGUAAGUAGGAUAAAUAUGUAUUAUUCCAAUCCAUUAUGCAUUCUAACUUUAGAGUAGGCUCAGUUAUUUGUUUCUGUGGCUCAAGAUAAUAUAUUUGUGUUAAGUCCUUCUGAAAGCUACCAGGACACCUGCAACUGAUGCCAACCCACGAGGCUGACCCACACCAGUGCAUCACUUGUAUGUGAUUCUGUCCCUGACUCAAAAGGUAGGUUUCUGUAGACAGUGCCGUGUUCUCGUACAAGCAUAGGCAGUAUACAGUCUCACCUUAUCUGUGCCUGAUAAGAUGCAUUAUCUUGACAAAAACAAGUGUCUGGAAAUACUUAAAGCAUCAUUUGUAAGUGUUCAAGAGGGGAUUGGACGUGGUACUCGGUGCCAUGGUUUAGUCAUGAGGUCUGUGGUGACAGGUUGAACUUGAUGAUCUUUGAGGUCUCUUCCAACCUUGGUGAGUCUGUGAAGCUUUCUGUCUUGGAAAAAGAUAAGGCAGUGGUAAUUUCAGGCCAAGCACAGUAAGAAUUCUCUCUUUUCGUUGACCUGCCAGAGACUGCGACCAGUGCAUAAACUUGUUAAUUACAAAGCUGCACCUUUAAUUUUCACCUAUUUUUUAGUGUUUACCUGUUAAUUACAAAAUCUAGCAGUC